AUGGAUGGCAGCACGCCUUUCCCAUGGCACAUCGGCGUCUUCGAUGCCCAUUGCCAUCCGACCGACACCAUGUCGGCCGUGCCCGCCGUGCCUCACAUGAAGGCAAAGGCUCUGACAGUCAUGGCAACGCGCGCGCAGGACCAGCAGUUAGUUGCCGAUGUCGCUGACCGCCUGGGCGUCCCUUCUCCUGAUGUCGACUCGUGGAAUUCUGACGAGUGCGUGCUGCCGUGCUUUGGCUGGCACCCGUGGUUUUCGCACCAGAUGUGCAGUGAGGAUCGGUUUGCCGGGAAGCCAACGCUGGACGACGAGGCAAAGAUCGUCCACUACAGGGGCGUGUUGUCACCACCGCCCGAAGACCGCGACUUCAUCCUUUCCCUGCCUGACCCACGCCCCUUCUCCGAGUUCCUGGACCAGGCGCGGCGCUUCUUGUGUCGCUACCCGCUGGCCCUGGUGGGCGAGAUAGGGCUUGACAAGUCGUUCCGCAUCCCAAAGGCUUGGCAUCCUGAAACUCACGAGAACCGCGAUGAUUCCCUCACGCCCGGAGGCCGGGAAGGACGUGGUCUGACCGCCCACGUAGUUGCCAUGGAUCACCAGAGGAAGAUUUUCACGGCCCAGCUGAACCUUGCAGGGGAGAUGAGGCGGGCCGUGUCGGUGCACGGCGUGCAGGCGCACGGCGUCCUGUUUGAGACGAUAAGAGCAACAUGGAAAGGCUACGAGAAGAAGCCAAUGAGCAGGCGCGAACGCAAAAAGCGCGGCGUGACGGCCGAGGAGGCUGACGAGGAUGCAAAUGCGGAAGAUGACUCUCCCAAGCCAUUCCCCCCUCGCAUCUGCCUGCAUUCCUACUCCGGCCAUCCUUCAACUCUUCCGCAGUACUUUGACCCUUCUGUCCCGUCGGAAGUUUUUGUCUCAUUCUCCACCGCCAUCAAUUACUCUGACCGAGCAGCCCAGACAACAUCGCAGUCCAUCAAGGCAGUCCCUGACGACCGCAUCCUUGUCGAGAGCGAUCUUCACAUUGCUGGCGAGCUCAUGGAUAAGCAUCUGGAGGAUAUUGUGCGUGUGGUCUGUGGGGUCAAGGAAUGGGGUCUGGAAGAAGGCACGAGAAAGCUCAGGCAGAACUGGGAGCAUUUUGCUUUUGGGAGACGCAAAAAAGACGUCCCGUAG